UCUUGUCUCGGCGAGAGCGAGAGCGAGAGCGAGGGAUCGAGAGCUAUGGCGCUGCUGCAUUUUCCUGGGCCGCGGCUGCAAGCGGCCAGCGGGCUGUGCGUCGUCGGCGGCUGCAAGAGUUUAGCUUCGGCUGGGCAUGUCGGAGUUGGAACUGAUCCGCAUUUAGUUUUUCUGCAUUGCAGGAGCACCGUGAGGCGAGUGGUGGAGCGCCAGAAGCUCGCCGUGGCCGUGUACGAUGUGCAGGAGCUGGGGAAUGAAGGUGGAGGCAAUUUUGAACCCCGCACAGAGAAAUUUGGAGGAGGGCGCGAUCGGAAUUGGAAUGAUAGGAGCAAUCGCAGCACCGGUUCUGAUAGAGGCAGGGGCAGGGGCAGGGGCAGAGGCAGAGGCAAUGGGGGUCGAGGCGGCGGUGCGGGCAGAGGAGGCAGAGGAGGAGGAGGAGGAGGCUCGGAUUCUUAUACUCGUAGACAGGGCGGCGACAGGGAAUUUGGUUCGGGCUCCAGUUUUUCUAGAGGUGAGCGUGAGGAGGAUUCAUAUCGUCCUUCCAGCAGCAGUGACGGAGGUGAGAGGGAUUUCGAGGGUCGAGGUGGAUACAGAGGUGGGAAUGAAGGCUAUGGAGGUGGCUAUGGAGGAAGAAAUGAGUCAAGAGGCGAGAAUAGGACCAGCAGCUUCCCGAGAGGGGGAUAUGCCGACAGGAAUGGCUCCAGCGGCAGGGGACGAAGUGACUCGAGGGAGGAGAAUGGAAGGAGCAGCGGAAGCAGCAGAGGCGGAUAUUCGCGUGGUAGUUUUAGUAGAGGACGUGGACCCAGAGGAGAUAGUGGGAGCUCUGGCAAUUAUGCAGGAAGGUCGAGCUUGAGAGCAUCACCUGUACAAGAAGGUUAUGAUAGAAAUUUCGAUGGUUAUAGCGCUGAACGUCAAGGGGAUAGCAGAGGGCGUGACAAUUUUUCAGGGAGGAGUGGUUCUGAAGGGGACAUAUCUCGGCACGAUGGCAAAUUUAGGGUGAAUUUGCCCGAAUCUAGGGAAUCCAGAGGAGGAGGUCGACAGAGUAGUUCCGGGAGGGGAAGUUUCGCCCAAAAGAACGGUCCCAGAGAGAGUAAGGAGCCAUGGGAGCUUUUUGAAGAGAGGACGAAGAGUGGGAAGGGCAAAGGGCCCUCACCUACGUUUCAGAUCGUCACACCGAAGCAGUCGACAUCACAGUUCGUCUCUGAUCGUGCUGUCUACAAGGCACCCUGGGACCAAGGUAAUGAUGCGGAACCUGUCUCCAGGAGCUUCGGUGAGAGGGAUUUCACCAAGAGGAAUCCUCUCAUCGAGCGCCUUGCAAGUCCACCAGCCGUCAAAGAUGACUUUGAGGAAGAGACUUUUGAGGGAGAGGAGGCUGACGAUGCUCAGGCUACACAUUUCAUCAGUAGAGGCGAAAAAUCUGCAAUGUCACGUAUUGUGGAAAAACUCAGCAAUAUUCCCGGCUCUCGAAAAGCAUACGAGCCAAGAAGCAAAGAUUCAGGUAACAUAUUUAUACCCAAGGCUGCUCAGCCACUGUUUCCAAUGGUACAGAAGGGAUGGAGCACUCCCGAUCACCCAGUACCUACACCGGCUGAGGUGCCUAGAACGCAACGCCCAGACACCAGGUUUCCUUGGGAGAGGGAAGAAGAUGAAUUAAGGUUGCAGGAGGAUUCCUUAGAGAAACAGAGGAGAGUUAAACCACCAUCUCUAGCUGAAUUGACGAUUCCUGAGGACGAGCUGAAAAGACUGAGGAGCCUUGGCAUACUGGCUAGGCAUAGAAUCAAAAUCGGGAAGGCUGGUGUUACUAAUGGUAUCGUAGAAGCUAUUCACAACGAAUGGCGCGAUUCCGAAAUUGUGAGAAUCAAGUGCGAAGGAGCGCCAGCGAUGAACAUGAAGAGAACACACCAGGAGCUUGAGGAAAAGUCGGGUGGACUGGUUAUCUGGAGAGCUGGUGGUGCCUGUUUAAUCUACCGUGGAAAGGAUUACGUACCUCCACCGCUAAGAGGACUGUUAGGCUCUGAGUCAUCUGAAGAAAUUGAGUACCCGGACGAGGUUGAAAGUGUCGAUGAUGAUGAAGACAUAUUUGCUGCUGAUGACGAAAGUGAGACCGAAGAAGAAGAAUUGGUGGAGAAGAAAGAAAACUCCGUUGUGUUAGUACCUAAAGUCAGGAGCGUUUAUGAUCCUGAGAUGGAAAGAGAGCUGGAGGAAAUACUCUCGGCUUUGGGCCCUCUCUAUGAUGACUGGACCGGUGGAAAGCCUGUACCUGUUGACGCCGAUCAGUUGAUUACUGAAGAUUUCAAGUUCAAAAAGCCGUACAGGCUACUCCCUUAUGGAGUCAAACCUGCUCUUUCAAACGCAGAGAUGACUGAGCUGCGAAGACUUGCUCGACCUAUUCCCCCUCAUUUCGUUCUUGGAAGGAAUAGGGGUUUAGACGGAUUGGCAGCGGCUGUUGUCAAACUAUGGGAGAGAAGCGAGAUAGCAAAGAUUGCUGUCAAGCGAGGAGUUCAAAACACAAAUCAUGAAAGGAUGGGAGAGGAGCUCAAGCGUCUGACUGGUGGUGUCCUUCUUGCCCGAGACAAGUACUUCAUUGUGCUGUAUCGAGGAAAAGAUUUUCUUCCGCCAUCUGUAGCUGCUGCUCUUGCAGAGCGACAGGCCAUGACUCAAGCCCUACAGGAAGAGGAAGAAAAAGUUCGUAUGGUAGCAAGAAGCACUACUAUCCCGGAUACGUCCGAAGGAAUCACUGCUGCUGUUGCUGGAACACUCACCGAAACUCUGCAAGCGAGAGCUAAUUGGGAGGUCUUGAAGAAUAGUGAUGAAGAGCGAAUGAACAGAGAAAAAGCACGCCAAGCUGCUAAGAAAGACCUUACCAGGCGGAUCGAGAAGAAAUUGGCAAUAACAAUGGCGAAGAAGCAAAGGGCAGAGCUAGAGCUUGAGAAGGUCGAAAAGCGCCUCCGGCCUGCAGGUCCUCCUGUGGAUCGUGAGCUUAUCACUGAGGAGGAAAUGCACAUGUACCUGAAACUCGGAUUGAAGAUGAAGGCCUUUCUUCUGCUUGGCCGAAGGGGAGUUUUCGAUGGUACUAUUGAAAACAUGCAUCUUCACUGGAAACACAGAGAACUUGUAAAAAUUAUAUACAAGGCAAGGAAUAAGCUUGAUCUGGAACAAACCGCUAAAAUGCUUGAAUAUGAGAGUGGAGGAAUUUUGGUAGGAACUCUGCCUACAUCAAAAGGGCAAGCCAUUAUCGUAUAUCGUGGGAAGAAUUACUCACGACCUCCGGAACUGCGACCUCGGUCCCUUCUUACUAAGCGCCAAGCUUUGAAGAGAUCCAUAGAGCUUCAGAGACAAGAGGCUUUGGAGAGGCACAUGCUGGCUCUGGAGAAGGAGAUAGAAUUCAUGCAAGCAGAUCUGAACAAACUUGGAUCGGAUGAUGGAGAGGGAACGGAUGUAGCUGCUCUCCCUUCGUCCGACUUUGAAGAUGAUGAUACCGAUGUGGAGUUUACUGGUGUAGAAGACACGAGUUUGACAACUGAUAAAGCUGUGGGUUAUUUAAGCAAACGUGGACGAUUGGAUCCAAUCUUUAGGGCCGAUCCCCUAUCAAGAAAAGAGAAACUUAUUUUGCGGCAAAAGGCAUUGAAAGCGCGAAAAGCAGCUCAUUUCAACGUUGGUGGAAGCAAUGUUGUUGCCGGAUUAGCCAGGGCUAUCAGAAUUCAUUUUCAAAAGCAUGCGGUUGUGAAGGUUGGAGUGAAAGGAAGGGCUAAAGGAACGCCUGUUGAGGAAAUAAUUCGCCAACUAGAGGAUGCUACCGGAGGAACACUUGUAUCGCAAGAAGCUUCUAAGAUCAUACUGUACCGCGGAUGGCCUGAGGGGGAAGAAAGGCCGAAACAAGACUUCGAAAACGAUGAGGACGAUAUUCCUCUUGAACUUCGGAACGCUAUGAUGACUGAAGAAGGUAUGGAUGAGGACUUCUUUGAAGAUGAAGAUGAAGACGACGACUCGGAUUGGGAUGAGGAUGACAAAGAAUUUUCUUUGGAUACAGUAGGUAGGCUUGAUUUUGAGGAUGAUUCAGAUUGGGACGAAGAUGAGGAUUUAGAGGAGGAUGAUGAUGAAGAAGGCGUCGUGUCCCAGUGGCAAGAAGGCGGUUCUGUAAGCAGAUUAGAUGAUGGAGCAGACCAGCCUAAUUCUGUACAUGUACCUAGUAGUGAUACUGUAGAUUUCGAGUAUGACGAAGAUGCUGAUACUGAUGAUGUUGACUUUGAGUGGAAUGAGGUAGAAGACGAAGUGACUAGCGAUGUUGAUGUCGACAGUCAUAGGACGGAUGUUUUAACGCAGGACUAAAAUGUAAUGCAAGCUUUCAAAUUAUAAGCAAUCAAGAGUUCGAUGCAACCAAACAACUGUACCCAGCAGUGGUGAACUGUGAAAAGCGUGAAGACCACAGAACGCAUGUCCUGGCUGCGGUUAGAAGAAACGAUGAGUAAGAUGAAGAAGUGAGGGAGGAUUGAAUCCAAGAGUGGAUCUGGAAGUAAUUUCUUCAAGAUUUAAUAUCCCCUCCCUUCAUCGAGGAUCAAGCCGGUGUAUCCCCCAGCUCAGCAGGUUUAUCCUAUCUUCACAACUCCGUACUGCAUUGAGAAGGACGUGACUAUCCAUGGGGGAUAUUACGUUGAAUCUGAAAUCAUCGUCAAACGUUCAAGUUGUCCGCAACGAAUGUCGAUAUCCCGCGGAGUAGACUUUGAGGCCGGGACCUUGGCAAUGGACCAGGAAUGCAACGUAGUACAGUGGAGGGUAGCAACUCACAUUCCACCUCCACACUCGAAUGUGGGCCCAAUGGCUUGGACGACUGAUAUUUCAGAGCUAGAUUUUUUGGCUUUAUGAUACGUUCAUGAUACAUUCCCUACCGAUUGUCAUCGCAGAGUUUCCAGCAUGUAGCCAAUUUCGAUUCUCAUAGUUGGUAGUACGUUGCUCUCACUUGUCUCUGUCAGUUAUCUCCUGUACCCGG